CUUUAUCUUUCUUAAAGCCCUUUUCUUAAUAAAAUUCUAUGAUUUUCACUUACUCAAUUUUGACUUGAUAUUAUCCUGAUAAUAGUCCUUAUCCUCUGAGUUUCUGUUUAUCUAUAAAAAUCCUUUCAUUUUCUUUCUGCAUCUAAGAAUCUGUUUCUAAUACUAUCUGACCUCCCCAAUAUUUUAAUGUGGGUUCACACUGUAAAAGGACUUGUAAUAAGGCAAGAUGCCACUUUAUUCAACUGUAUUAUUAUUUGCACACCAGUGUAAAAAAAUAGAACCUUUCCUUUGAAAAAGUCUCCCUAAGACCAGGUGGUACAGAGCACUUUAACAAACUUUCUGCAUCAUCAUAAAUUUCUCACAUACUUGGAAACAAACAGAUAUAACUAUUAUGGAUUGUAAUUUUAUAAGAGUUUAUCUCCCCUGGUUAGAUUAUGGCAAAGGGUAAAUGGAGUUCUUUAUGUUCUACUGUAAAGGGUGUGGGCAGAUGGAGACAGUCCCUAGCUUUGUGCUCACAAUUAUUAUAGCUCACGCAAUGUAAUGGAAUAACCUAUACAUUAAGCCAUUUAAUGGAAUAAUACUUGAAAAAGUCCUUUAAACGUUUUGAAAAGGCUUAGUUUGGAUCGACACUUCCAAAACAGGCUGAGUUAAGAAUGUUAGUUUAUCAAUCAGGACGCAGGGUGGCGCUGCCGGCUAAGAUUGUGAAUAAAGAGUCCUAGAAAGCUCGCGUAUUCCUUUGCUGCAAGACGGAACCACCACCACAAGAAGCUCUGCCAGCAGUACUGGGCUACCAACGAAUUUGGGCAGCGAUAUUCUAAGCGAAUUUAAGAUUACAAGUAACUCUGUGAGGAUUCUACCAAGCAAGAAAAUUGAACACCUCUGGCCUUUUUCUGGUUGCUGAAGGGGGACUGGAUAUAAGUACCCUGGCUCCAACAUGGAGACGCUAGAGAGAAGCCAACCCAACAGGCAAGUGACCACCUUUAUUUUGACGGUAUUCUUGUCUCAGGCUAGCCCUGCGCCUAUUCGUUAUUCUGUUCUGGAAGAAACAGAGAGCGGCUCCUUUAUAGCCCAUUUAACCAAGGACCUGGGCCUGGGAAUUGGGGAGCUGAACGCCCGGUCGGCUCGGGUGGUUUGUGACGAUGACAAGCAGCGCUUGCUGCUGGAUCGUCAGACUGGAGAUUUGCUUCUGAGGGAGAAACUAGACCGGGAAGACAUAUGUGGCUCCGUUGAACCCUGUGUGCUGCAUUUCCAAGUGUUCCUAGAAACUCCAGUGCAAUUUUUUGAAGGAGAAUUAUUAAUACAGGACUUAAAUGACCACUCCCCAGUAUUCCCGAAUAGGGAAAUGCUUUUGAAAAUACCGGAAAACAGCCAGCCAGGGACUGUAUUUCCGUUGAAAUUAGCUCAGGAUUUGGAUGUGGGUAGCAACGGUCUUCAAAAAUACACUAUCAACGCCAAUUCUCAUUUUCACGUUCUCACGCGAAAUCAUAGUGAUGGCAAGAAAUAUCCAGAUUUGGUGCAGGACAAAGUGCUGGAUCGAGAGGAGCAGUCAGAGUUCAGCUUAACCCUAAUGGCGCUGGAUGGUGGGUCUCCACCUAGGUCCGGGACCAGCAUGGUGCGAAUCCUGAUCUUGGACGUCAAUGACAAUGCUCCCGAGUUUGUGCACACUCCAUAUGAGGUGCAGGUUCUGGAAAACAGCCCCCUAGAUUCCCUAAUACUUACAGUUUUAGCUAGGGAUGUAGAUGCUGGAAGCUUUGGGACUGUUUCCUAUAGCUUGUUCCAAGCCUCAGAGGAAAUUAAACAAACUUUCUCAAUAAAUGAAGUCACAGGAGAAAUCCGACUGACAAAGAAAUUGGAUUUUGAACAAAUCAAAUCCUACCACGUGGAAACUGAGGCUACAGAUGGAGGAGGCCUUUCUGGGAAAGGCACUGUAGUCAUAGAGGUGGUAGAUGUGAAUGACAAUGCCCCUGAACUUACCAUAUCUUCACUCAUCAGCUCCAUCCCAGAAAAUGCCCCGGAGACCGUAGUCUCUAUCUUCCGAAUUCGAGAUAGAGACUCCGGAGACAAUGGAAAGAUGAUUUGCUCCAUUCCAGACAAUCUGCCAUUUAUUCUAAGACCGACUUUCAAGAAUUUCUACACCCUGGUAACCGAUAGCCCUCUUGACAGAGAAAAUCAAGCCGAGUACAACAUCACGAUCACGGUCACUGACAUGGGAACCCCCAGACUGAAAACCGAGCACAACAUAACCGUGCUGGUGUCCGACGUCAACGACAACGCCCCCGCCUUCACCCAGACCUCCUACACCCUGUGGGUCCGCGAGAACAACAGCCCCGCCCUGCACAUCGGCAGCGUCAGCGCCACAGACACAGACGCGGGCGCCAACGCCCAGGUCACCUACUCGCUGCUGCCGCCGCCCGACCCACACGUAGCCCUCGCCUCCCUCGUGUCCAUCAACCCCGACAACGGCCACCUCUUCGCCCUCACGUCCCUGGACUACGAGGCCCUGCGGGCCUUCGAGUUCCGCGUGGGCGCCGCCGACCGCGGCUCGCCCGCGCUCAGCAGCCAGGCGCUGGUGCGCGUGCUCGUGGAGGACGCCAACGACAACGCGCCCUUCGUGCUCUACCCGCUGCAGAACGCCUCGGCGCCCUGCACCGAGCUGGUGCCCAGGGCGGCCGAGCCCGGCUACCUGGUGACCAAGGUGGUGGCGGUGGACGGCGACGCGGGCCAGAACGCCUGGCUGUCGUACCAGCUGCUCAAGGCCACGGAGCCCGGGCUGUUCGGCGUGUGGGCGCACAACGGCGAGGUGCGCACGGCGCGGCUGCUGAGCGAGCGCGACGCGCCCAAGCAGCGGCUGGUGGUGCUGGUCAAGGACAACGGCGAGCCGCCGCUGUCGGCCAGCGUCACGCUGCACGUGCUGCUGGUGGACGGCUUCUCGCAGCCCUACCUGCCGCCCCCGGAAGCGGAAGCGGCGGCCGCGGCGCCGGCCGACCCGCUCACCGUCUACCUGGUGGUGGCCUUGGCGUCGGUGUCGUCGCUCUUCGUCUUCUCGGUGCUGGUGUUCGUGGCGGUGCGGCUGUGCAGGAGGGGCGGGGCGGGCUCGGCGGGUCGCUGCCCGGUGCCCGAGGGCCACUUCCCGGGCCACCUGGUGGACGUCAGCGGCACGGGGACCCUGUCGCAGAGCUACCAGUACGAGGUGUGUCUGACGGGGGACCAUAGAACUGGUGAGUUCAAAUUCCUGAAGCCAAUAUUCCCUAACCUCUUGGUUCAGGACACUGAGAAAGAAAUCAAGGAAAGCCCCAACUGUAGAAACAGCUUUGUAUUCAGUUAAAUGCCGUUAUUUGGUUAAGUGAGCCUCUCAAUUUUGUUAAGCCUAACUCACAUUGCAAUAUUUUCCUCUUAAGAGAUUGUCCUGUUCCAUAAAUUUGUAUAUCUCUGUUCCAAACUUAUGCAUGUCUCUACUAAAUGUUCCUUUUAUAGUAUUCAUUGGAUUUAGCAUUUUUAGUUACAGUUGAUAUUAUUUCUUCCUAUUUUACCUUCGCUUGGUGAUUAAUGUUUUCAUAACUAUAAAUUACUGAAGCCGUAAAAGAAAUUCCAUUAACAUUUAAAUCAACCUCUUUUAAUGUCUUUUUAAGGAAAUACUUUAAAGCUUUUGCGUAAUCUUGAAUUUCUGUAUGUUUUUGGUGCUUUUCUUUACUUACAUUUGCAAGGGCAGAGUGUUACUUACAUUUGCAAGGGUAGAGUGUUAGAAAUUCUUUGUAGGUACCUAGAGCUUCCUGUUCACCAUUCUACCAGGCUGUGCCCCACUAAAUAGCCAUGAGCAUAUAACUUGGUAUACUUGUUUCUGGUAAGUUGCACCUAAACAUGCACUUUAUUAAAUUAUUAAUACACAAUUGUGACCUUAUCCCAUUCUGAGUACUAUAUAUGCUAGAGAUUAUUCAUUUGCUACGUACCUAGCACAUUGUAAUUGCUUCAGGAAUACUAAUAUUAAAAUAAAAAUAUUCUUAUUUAUAAAUAAGAGAAAAUCUUAUAUAAUUUGGUAUCAAAUUCACUUCACUAAAAUAAAACUAAUUCACUGCAUGAUAACAUACUUAAAAAUCUUAGAACUUUAAGUAAACCCUAAAUCCUUUAGAAGGACUCAAGAGGUAGAGGGCAUCAUAUACUUCCCUGUCCUUCUUUUGCCCUGUUAACAGAAGUUCAAAUGUAAGUAUAAAGUAUGUGUUUUUCUUGGCUCUCAUACAGUUUUUCCAUAUCCUUCAAAAAAGGCAUAAUUUCUCUUGAGUUUUAUUGAUUGUGUUCUAGUCUGAUUACUCUGUUAUUUUGUAAACAUGAGCAGCUUUUAUCAACAAAAUGAUGAUUUAUUUUUGAUGUCCAAAUUACCUUUUGUUUUUCAAUGUAGCUUUUGUGUAUUUUGCAUAAAUUUACUUUUUCAAUUAUGCUAACUUUCCAAUAAUAAGCAUUGUUUUUUCCUUUAAGACAAUAAGAAUAGAAAUAGAGAUUAAGAAAUAAACUUAUCUGAAUUAUAAUUGUCUUAUGUUGUGCUCAUUAGGCCAAUUAAGAUGAUUUGUGAUUUCUAACUAAAUUUAUAUAGCUAUACCUAUAAGACCACUUAUUGAACUUUUGGCACAAUAUGAGUAAUUAGAGUUUGCUUUAUAACCUAAGUAUUUAUUUUUAAAUCUCAAGUGUCAUCCUACUGGAAUUUAAUUAUUUCAUGUUUCCCUGAAUUACAUUUUAAAAAAUAUAACAAAAAAGAAAAAUUAUUCUUUAAGUUAUUAUUAAAACAUAGCUUUUAGCUUUCAUCCAAUCUAAUACUUGAAAUUAGAAAGUAAUAAAAGUAUGAACAAAAUCAAAUAUAUGAAAUUUAGUAGCCAGCUUUAAUGAGUUCACCAUUUAACAUUAGAUAUUUAAAUAGUUUUAUGUAUGAGGACAAGAAAUAUGAUUGAAGUUUUCAGCAAUAAGUUUCAACAUUAUAAAAGUAUAACUUCAUGUUUUUGUGCAUGCCAGGAAAGCCCAACUUUUAUAAUAACCCAAAUGAGACUGGCCAAAUAAACACUCAGAACCUACGUUUAUGAAUUUAUAUGAGUAAAUUUAUGAAUUACUUUGUGUAUUACCUUAUAAAUUGCUGUGUGUAUUCAUUAAGCAUAGAUCAUUCCUUACCAGUUCAGGAUCACUAUCAGACUCUAGGAUAGAACAGGUUAACAUUUUAAAAUUCAGUGAUUAUAAUUUAAUAGUAAAUAUAAUCCAGAUAAUUUCCACAAAGUGAAUACCUUAUGAAAAAUUGGACAAUUCUUUUCUGCAAAACAAAAAUAGAGAAUGGAGGCCAAAUAACUGGAUAAUAAUACCCAUUUGAAUCACAGUUUCUCAAGUACUUCUAUUAUAUUUUGACAUUUUUUACAAUUCCUUUGUUGUUUUUAUGCACAGUAUAUACUGAGUUUAAUACAUGCUGUUUUAGGGGCAGACAUUUUACUGAAGGCUAUAUAACCCACAUCACUGUUAAGACCUUGUAUUUCUUACUGGAUUUCUCUAGUGGCUCAGCAGUAAAGAACCCACCUGCCAAUGCAGGAGAUGAG